AUGGGUGACAGGAACGGUGCAAAGUUCGGCUCGGAACUGCAUCACAAUCAGGACGACGCCCGAGUGCAGUUCACGGACAACCGUAGCGCAACAGGCGUCAGUGGCGGCGACACCGUGGCAUCCGCGAGCUGUUGCGACAACCGUCUCCCGGCCACAGCGGCCAGUAUUGUGGCCGCCAUCCUGGCCGUAGCCAUAGCGUGGACGUUGUUGUACGUGAACGUAUCGCCGGAGCUGAUGGCCUUACCCGGCGGCAGUCUGGCAUCCAUAUUCGUGUUGUACGUGACCGGAACGGUGGCCGGUCAGCUCAUCACCAAGGUGGGCGGUCUGCCUCCGCUGCUUGGCAUGAUGUUGGCCGGCAUCGCUCUCCAGAAUUCCGGUCUAUACAAUGUCACUGGUUGGUGUUUCCAUUUGGUGUCCACCAUGAGAGAAGCAGCGCUCACUGUGAUAUUGGUCAAAGGUGGCCUGGAGUUGAACGCCGGCCAAUUGCGCCGGCUCAGCGGUGUCGUGGCCAGGCUCACGGUGUUGCCAUGUGUGGCCGAAGCCGUGGCCGCGGGUGUUGCCGCAUAUUUCAUUUUGCCCGAUUUCUCAUUGGUGUGGGGCCUGACGCUCGGGUUUACUUUAUCAGCCGUCAGUCCAGCAGUAUUAGUUCCAAGUCUGUUCCGGCUAAAACGCUUAGGGUACGGCGAAGAAAAAGGUAUUAACACACUGUUGAUUGCUGCUUCAAGUUUGGACGACGCUGUAUCCAUCAGCGCUUUUGGUAUUUUAUUAGGUGUCCUAUUUUCAAACGGUAGCUUGACCAGUAAAAUAAUACAAGGACCAAUUGACGUGACAAUUGGAACCAUGUUGGGACUUAUAUGGGGUUGUAUUUUGAUUUUUGUGCCUCCAUCACCAUGGGCCAUGAUAUACAAUAAACGAGAAAACCAAGUUCAAAAUACCAACAAAUCAGAAAUAGAAAAUUCCGUGACGGCCAAAAGGUCGUUUCUACUGGGCGCGGGUGGGUUCUUGGCCGUUACCGGAAGUCAGUGGUGUGGAUAUCCGGGAGCAGGGCCGCUGGCGUGCAUCAUUUCGGCGUUCGUGGCGGGCACCGGUUGGAGGAAACGGUCAGCGGAGCAUAAACGAAACAACCCGGUGAUCUCGACCGACGAAAUCGACCGAGGAGAUGGCGAGGAAAUCGAGGAGGACGAUGAGCUUGCAGUGGUGCAGGUGUUCGAACACGCCUGGACGUGUCUGCAGCCUGUGCUGUUCGCGUUCAUAGGCACCGACCUCAAGUUCGAACUACUGAAACGUGGCGACAUGAUUUUCCUCGGGCUGAUCGUACUCGCUUUCGGACUCGUGAUUCGUCUGAUGGUCACCACGUGUGCCGUGGUCGGUUCAGGUUUCAGUCGUAAGGAAAUACUAUUCAUUAAUAUCGCUUGGCUUCCAAAGGCUACAGUACAGGCUGCUUUGGCACCAGUGGCUUUGGAUAUCGCAAGGAAUUUGGGAACAGCAGCAGAUAUCGAAUGUGCAACUAGAUUGGUAACAAUAGCUGUGAUAUCCAUUUUGUUGACGGCACCCGUAGGUGCAUUUGGCAUACAGUUAUUUGGUCCCAGACUGUUGCCCAGAACCAGAUAA